AUGAAGACAGACUUGACGAGCUUCGCGGUGGAAGUCUGCAGCUGCACCUCUCUAGGUGCCGAGCGGGCAGCCAUUAGCGACAAAAUGCAGCACACGCGGUUGGUGUUGCAUCUCAAUAGGCCGCCUCACAAGAAGGCCAAAUACCUAUGGCGCAUGGUGUAUGCUCACUGCAUGGGCUACACUCUGGAUUUUGGACAGACGGCUGCCCUAGUGUUGCUGCAGAGCUGCACCAAGCCUUCCGUUCGACUAAUAGCAUACAUAUCGCUAUCGUAUCUUGCUUUGGACGCAGCAGACCAGCCAGUGCAGCCUGCCUUUCCGCAGCGGCCCCCCCCCCCCCCUCAGCAGCGCUCGUUAGCUCCCCUCGAUACAGCACUCGCCAUGGAUGAAGGGGCUCAAGCGUCGCAGGAUCUGCAGCGUCGGCACGUCCCCACUGAGCAGGAGCUGCAACCGGGCUGGUGGAUGCAGCUUAGGAAUGCUUUGAAAGCUGACUUGCGCUCUGGCAUGCCAGUGCUGCAGUGCCUUGCCCUGCAGCAUGUCGGCGUCGCAUGCCUCUCCAGAUCGCCGCGCGGCGCAGAAGCCGCAGCCACAACGGCCGAUGAACUGUUGCCUCUCGUGAACGGCCUUGCGAAUCCUGCUGGAAGAUCCCCCCCGUGCUGUAGGCAGAGGGCAUAUGCGGCGCUGCUGUGUCUGUACAAAGCCUCGCCGCGGCAGCAGAAAGAGCAUCAGCAGCAGGAGGGUGUCUGGAUCUACAGGCUCACGCAGUGCCUCAUGAUCGAGCAAGACAGCGAUGCGCUGCUAGGCCUCUCUCAUCUUCUUAUGGAGCUGCUGCUGCGCAAGCGCUGUGCUCGCAGUGACAGGAGCACACACGGGAAGAAGCAGUCGGUGCACUCUCCCCGAGCCAUUGAUGACGCAACAGGCGGAUGGGAAGCUGUCAGGUCUUCUGUGCUGCACUGUCUCUCGAGGCUGCUAUGGGGGGGGGGCAGCCGCCAGCAGCAACAGCAGCAAGAGCAGCAGCAGCACAGCCACAACGAGCUGCCUCAAGAGCAACAGGAGAUUCAGGCACCCUUCCUUGUGCUGCGUCUCAUGCAGCUUCUGCAGCUCCUGCCAGCCCCUACAGCGGCUGCAGAGAUUCAAACAGCCAACCAAACGCUGAGGCUUUGCUUCGAUCGGAUCGCUCAGGCUGGAACGCUAAAUCGCCCUUCAACCGCAGGUCGCCGUCGCUGGCCUUUCAGCAGGAGCUUUGGCGGAAAUUCAGGCUCGGCAGCAGCCUCAGUGUCUUCAUCAGCAACAGCAACAAUGCGGCUGCAGCAACGAGGCAGCCUCUGGACGCGCGCAGUGGCGCGAUCUCGGACUGCAGCAGCGUCUCUGAGGCGUUCCGCCUCGGUGUCUAGAGCAGCCGCAGGAUCGGCAGAUCAGCAGCAAGAACUGCACCAGCAAGGCUUCGAUGUGCCGCUACUGCAUGCGGCCAUGCUCAUAGAAGUAGCGAAGGCUGCGCUGAGUCUGGGGCAAGCAAUAGCCCCUGAUGUAGUUGAACGCGCUAUAGACAUAAUCUCGAUUCUCGUCGCAGAUCCUCGUGCAGAUGUCCGACUGACAGCGGCGGAAGGCAUUUUGUCGCUUCUUCACGACCGCAGCAAAAUCUCUCGUUUCGCCUUUCUGUUGCCAGCUGCUCUCGAACUGGCUGCAGAGCCAACGGACUUAGUUCUGCAGCAGGCUGUACGCUGA